AUGGAUCUGGAGAAAUUUACUCACAUGACAAAUGAAACACUUGUUGGUGCUCAUGAACUUGUAUCAACUUUAGGACAUGCUCAAAUCACUCCCUUAUACCUUUCUUCCAUUCUUAUUUUUGAUCCCACUAAUAUAUUUUUCCAAUCAAUUUCAAAUGUUGGUGGUGAAGUUUCUGAAUGUGUUAUCGAGAGAGUUAUUAAACAAUCAAUGAAGAAACUUCCUUCACAAUCUUAUCCACCAGAAGAUGCCCCUGGAAGCACUUAUCUUAUUAAAUUCAUUAGGAGAGCAAAGGCUGAACAAAAUUCUUUAUUGGUUGAUAUUGGGAAUUCUUGA